CAAAGCAAUGGCUCUCUCCAAAACCCUAAUUUCUUGCACCGUCCUCUCACUCUUCAUUCUCAACUUAAUCCAUGCCGCUGAGGUGCCUACAGAGACGGUCAGUGUGGCUCAGCCUCCUGCUCCACCGAAAAUAGAUUGUACGGCGGAAUGCGAGAGAAGAUGUAUACUGUCAAAGAGGGGGGACACGUGUAGGAGAGUGUGUGGAGAAUGCUGCGCAACUUGCGGCUGCGUCCCGCCGGGAACGUGGGGACAGUACGAGGCGUGCCCUUGCUACGGCCAACAGAAAACCCACGGCGGACGUCAAAAGUGCCCUUGAAAACCCCGAAACCCUAA